GUUUUGAUUAUUCUUUCUUGUCAUAACAACACUGUGCCUAUAAUUAUUAUAGAUUUCAGAGAGCACUUAUAGACAGAGGUAAUGCUUUGAUUAUGUAAUGUUGCUCUAGUUUUCUAUCCGAAAAUGCGCCGUAGUUUAGAUUUGAUGUCAGAGUCGAUCUCGAUUAUGACGAAGAACAAGUCUAGAUACAUUUACAGCUUACGGUCAUUGAUGUACGUUUGUUUGGAGCAUUUCCCAAGAUACAGUGCCUAGUCUUGUAGCCCUCAAGACCAUUGGUGAUGGUUAAAGUAGCCUUGAGAAUAUAUGUAUUAAAAUGGUGCCCUUGGAAGAUAAAAAUAGAAAUUGUAUAUUUUUGCCACAGUGAUAAGAGGAAGAAGACGACGGCCAAUUUACAGAGAAUCCGCAUAGAGCAAGCUAAGAUUGGAGUUGCUUUUUUGGUGGAGACAAUGAAGAAGCCUAGAAUAAAACGUUCUCGAUCUUUACUUUUCAAAAAAGAAGUAUAAUUUCACCGAUGGUUCCAUACUUUCAGGAAUAUGACGAUGCAUAUGAUGAUAGAUUGUGAUGGGUUGUUGUUGAGAUAAUGGGGUUUAAGCUCGGGUUGGAGUAAUUUGGGGAACAAUAUAUACUUCAAUAUCUACAGGCACAACAACGAAGUACAUUUGAUGGUUCGAAACGUAACGUGGAUAACCACAUCCUACGUAAACAGCGUGUAUUGUAGAUUAGCACAUGGCGUAGGCG